AAUAUUCACCAUCUUUACCAUCGUUCGAAUUUUCGGCGUGAAGCGUUCAGUGAUUUCGCUGCUAAUUAUUAGAGUUCAACGAUCGAAUGUCGACUAUGCUGUGUGAUAGCUCACAAGUGGACGCUGAGGACAUGGAUGUUCAAGAAGCAAGUGCUUUUAGGUUCAGCGAAGAGCCUUCUUUGGAGAAAAUGUAAGCUAACUCUGCCACUUUACGUUACGUAUGUUAUGCCUUCGCUUUCUACUAAUGAUAACCUUCUCCCCUUCGAUUUUUUUCACAUGAAUGCAGGCUGAUACGAAUAUAUCUAUUAUUUCAGGUUUCAAUUUUAGUUUCCCUCUUUACUUUCAGUCGACAGAUGCAGUCGCAGUUUGCUAAAGAAAGAGACUGGGACCAAUUUCACCAGCCCAGAAACCUUGUGCUUGCAAUGGUAUGAGAACUUGCUAAUUAACCCUUUAACACCCAGAUCAAAUUUGUAAUUCUCCUUACUUUCAACAAUACAGUUCUUAUUUUUCAGUUCAGAGAAUUUAGUAUUUGAUCAACUAAUUAUCCUCAAAUUGAUAUAUUUCUUUAUUCUCACUACUUGUUUGCUUGAUAUUGUAUUGAUACUGUAAGGAGAAAUUCUGUCUUGGUCACUCAUGGGAGUUAAAGGGUUAAUUACUGAUUAACGUGUCUUGGGAGUUGAACUAAUUGACUUACACUCAACUUAAUACACUUUUUUUGUGCUUUAGUUUCUGAGAAAACCAGAUCUUUUCUUUCUCUUGCAAACUGAGGAUCACCAAGGUCACUGUUGUGUAAAAAUUCAGCUACUUAACAUGUAAAGGGAGGAUUUACCAAAUUUGAAUUAUUUCUUUUGUACAUGCUCUCCAUGACAUUGUUUGGUUCUCGUAUUCAAAACAGUGUGGAAAGGAUGACACAAUCAAAUUUAAGUUUAGGUGCUACCCAAGGGUAGGCUCCCCACUUAUAUAUAAAAUUAUUGCCUAUAUCUAUGCAGCUGAUAUAUUCUAAAUUCAUUACCCUCUCCCUCCCCCCAGGUUGUCUUCCCCUUCCCAUGUGUUCUCUAAGUGCAACUCUUUCCUAAAUUGGAGAAAUAUACAUUUCUAUUGUUUUAAUUUAUCAUGAAGUCUAGUUACAGAUCUUCUAUAGUUAUAUAAUUAUUUAGCUGUUUAAAAUGUUCAUGCAAAGCCCCUAUUUUGUUCAAGUUUUUAUCCCUGCUUUUGUUGUAGGUUGGGGAAGUUGGAGAAGUAGCAGAAUUAUUGUAAGUGAAAUAUUACUGAUUCAAAGUUUGUUGUCCUGUUGUACCACAAACAUUAAGAUAGGUUCAAUUGAACAAGUACCUACUGGUAGGCUUAAUUAUUUGUCAUUUCUUCUAUCCUUUUUCAUAUUUAUAGCCAAUGGAAAGGUGAAGUAAAGGAAGGACUCCCAGGUGAGUGUAAGAAGUGUCCUUACUUUCUUUCCAUGAACAUCUCCACACUAAAAUAUCUGAAAGAAACAAAGCAAUAUUCCUUUCUCUUGUAUUAAGUUAUAAUAGCCAAGUCCUUGUUGGCGAGAGAGGCAUGGGGGGAGUAAAAGCACAACACAAUAACCUGGCAAGGUCUUGACCUUGGCCCUCUCACACUGGAAUCAAGUAUAACAAUUGUUAGAUAGGCUAACAUAUCUCUUUAUAAGGAAUAUGGCCUAUUUGUUGGUUCACUUAAAUACAAGAUGGAGAGGUCAGAACAAGAGCACAGGGCUACUCAUUAUGUUGAGUUUUUGGGCAAAACACUCAACUCUUGUAGCACCUCUAAGAGUAGAAGUGAACAAUGACCCCAGCAAAUGAUCAUAGAAACAUAAUGGAAAGUGGGGAAUGACCUGUAAAUGGACUAGCAUCAGAAUAAUCCAUUUAUUGUAUGAGUAGUUCUUGUUUUAAAAUCAGGUAGUAAUCAAAACUUAGAGAAAGCAAAAACUCACAACUGUUCAUCCUAAUGGGUGGAUUUUGAUCAACAUCUCAGUAAAUUGUUUGUGAUUGCUUUUUCAGAUUGGUCUCUGAAAGAUAAGCAUCAUCUUGCCCAAGAACUCAGUGAUGUACUUAUUUACCUGGUCAGACUUGCAGAAAAAUGCCAUGUUGAUCUUCCCAAGGAGGUGGUGGCUAAAAUAGCAUUGAAUUCCAAGAAAUAUCCUGCAGAUCUGGUGAAGGGAUCAAGCAAAAAGUAUACAGAAUACAAGGAAAUGAAUUCAUCUAAUAACUGAAAGAUUGUUUCCCUGCUCAGGAUAAUUUUUUUUUUUCAUAAAUUGAGAGUGUGGGUCACUCUGCACAGGAGACAGUGCUAAAAUUAUACUUGCUUAAAAUUCUUUCAAUCUAUAAUUUUAGACACAGCUUUUACAAUGAAGUUGAAUUAACUUGUUUCAAUGGUUUUUGUUGCAACAAUCAGAGAGUUCAGAUGGUUGAACUCUGAUCUACUAAUAGGGAAAGUUUGAUCACAAGUAAGGCUGUCUCCUUGAAAGAGUUCUUCACUUUGAAAGUAAGUUAUGUAUUCAAGAAACUAUUAACAACUGGAAUACUACUAGUACAUUACAUGACUUUUGUGACAAUGAUAUUGUACCACUCAUAAAGGCAUGGAGAAGUCUAAUUGAUAAAAUUGUAGGAGAUCUGCAAGUUGAAACUCAUUCUCCUCAUGGAUAUGAUUGAUAUAAAUUUGUAAAUAUAAUUUUAUAAAUAGCCUAUUUAUUCUUUUUGCUUGGGCUAGACCAGGUCAUUCAUGUUUGAAGUUAAUGUUUUAUUUCUUUAUAGAUAGCAAAAUCAUGUUGAUUUAUCUUAGCCAGCUUUUUACAACACAGAGCUUAGGCAAUAUUUACUGUUGAUGAACACUGAUAUCACUGUUGUUUUGUUUGCAUCAGGGGAUGUUUUUAAAUUAUCUGGUUUUUUUUUUUAAUUUUGCAUUUGAUGUUCUAUUUCACCUUGUGUAAUUUUUUUGUUAACUUUUACUAGCUUUUGCAAAUGCCUUGUUACUGAUUCUUACAAUUUAAUGCAAUUGCUACUUUUCAGUCAUGUAGUUAACAGGAUAGUUUAAUUUAAAAUUACAUUUCAGUGAAAAUGAACUUUGCAUUCCUUCUUUUCCCAAUUCUUGUUUUAAUUCAGUUCCAAACCUUUGCUUAGUAUAAAUAGGGGUGAAGUGGUAAUGAGGGAAUGAAAUGUACAUUAAUUUAUCAUCAGCAAAUUUUUAAUGCUACAUUUUAACUAUUGUUU